UAUGCAGUGAUUGUAUAACAAGUUCACAUGCUAGACAGUAGUACACAGAAAAUCAACUAAAACCGAGAUUUUAAUGGAUUUCACGAUAAACGAAUAAAUCUUUUGAAAGAGUCGGGUCGGUGUGAAGUGACAUAGCAAUGCCAAUAGAAGGUACCGAGGACCAGGCCCUGUCUCCCCUGUCCAGCCCUGUGAGUGCUCUUACUCCUGGAGCUCCAGAAGACAAUGGCCUUUCCAUCCCUGGAAGUAGUAGAGAAGAGCCAGCGGCUGCCUGUCCGGAGACUGUCGGGGCACAGAAUUCAAGAAAAUCACAACCUCUGGUCCAGAUCAACCGUCAGGAAAUCCUAUCGGUGGACCACAGCUCUCAGGCCACUGAGCUCCAGGGUCUUGGUGUGGAUGUUUACGACCAAGAUGUCCUGGAGCAGGGUGUGUUGCAGCAGGUGGACAGAGCAAUUCAGGAAGCCAACCAGGCUGCGGCUAAAGCUGAGGCCCAGAAAGAAUACGAGUCAGUACUGGAUGAUGUCAGGUCAUGUACAAGUGCUUUGAAACACAUCAACAAAAUUUUGGAGCAGUUAACCCCUCAUGCUGCCUCUAGCAAGGACAUCAGUCGGAAAAUCGAGUCUGUCAAACGACAAAAGAGAAUAAGGUAAAAGCAGUUAAAAAAGAUCAGAGCCAAGCAGAAGAGAUUGCAAGCUCUUCUUGACGGAGAGGAUAUACAGAAGCUUGAGGCAGAAUUAUUGAUUGAGGAUGACGAGGAACCAGGCCCAUCCACCCUGGGCAGCAUGCUUAUGCCAGCUCAGGAGUCAGAAUGGGAAGAGCUCAUCCGCACAGGUCACAUGACCCCCUUUGGUUCACGGAUCCCCCAGAAGGAAGAGAAGAAAGAGCCUCGAAAGGUUAUGCUCAGUGAAAACUCUGGAUUCGACAAGUACCUUGCCGACCAAGCCUUGUUAGCAGAUAGCAGGAAGAGACCCAUCAUGAAGAAGAAGACCACCAAGAAGCACUCAAGAGAGACGACUCCUAACAAAGAGAAAAAGAACGGCUCCCUCUCCCGCAAAGAUAAAAAACUCCAAAAGCGAAUGCGCAAGCUUCAGAGAACCGCUUUAAGGGCUCACCCCAAAGCCAGACCCAAGGUGGAGAAGGAGCCGUCCCGAGUCAAAAAGAGGAAAAGUGAUUGGGAACAUGCAUCAGACAGUGAGGGUUCAGAGUACGUCCCUAGUGAUGAGCUGAUGGAUCCUGAGGAACCAGAGAGAGAUGAUGAUGAUGAUGAGUUGUGGGUGGAUGAUCAUGAGGAAUACCAGCUUAAACCAUACAAGAAGAAGAAGGAGCCCAAAACUAGGAAACCCAAGAAGGAGGACGAGAGUGACGAGUACAUCCCGAGCAGCUCAGAGGAGGAAGACUCUCAGAAAGGCGGAAAAGUCAAGAAAUGUAAAGAUGAUGGAGAUAUCGAGUGUUACAGGCAAAGGAUUAGGAAGUGGAAAAGGCAAAGACUUCGUGAAAAAGAGGCAAAGACAGAAGCAGGCGAGGAGGAAUCUGACGAGAGUGAUGCAGAGUUUGAUGAAGGAUUUAAAAUACCUGGUUUUCUCUGGAAGAAGCUCUUCAAGUAUCAACAGACAGGUGUCAGGUGGAUGUGGGAACUGCACUGCCAGCAAGCAGGAGGCAUUCUGGGAGACGAGAUGGGCCUGGGCAAGACCAUCCAGAUAAUUGCUUUCCUGGCAGGCCUGAGCUACAGCAAGCUGAAAACACGUGGCUCCAAUUACAGGUAUGCUGGACUGGGUCCUACGGUCAUUGUGUGUCCAGCUACAGUCAUGCAUCAGUGGGUGAAGGAGUUCCACACAUGGUGGCCUCCGUUCCGUGUUGCCGUCCUCCAUGACACAGGCUCCUUCACCAGCAAAAAGGAGAAACUCAUUCCAGAAAUUGUGGCCAGUCACAGCAUCCUCAUCACCUCCUACUCAUACAUACGCAUUAUGCAAGAUUACAUCCAGAGGUACGACUGGCAUUAUGUCAUCCUGGAUGAGGGCCACAAGAUAAGGAACCCAAAUGCUGGCGUCACCACAGCAUGCAAGCAGUUCCGGACACCCCACCGUUUUAUCCUCUCUGGUUCACCCAUGCAGAACAACCUGAAAGAGCUGUGGUCGCUCUUUGACUUUGUGUUUCCAGGAAAGCUGGGGACUCUGCCCGUCUUUAUGGAGCAGUUUUCUGUGCCCAUCACCAUGGGAGGAUACGCUAAUGCAUCUCCAGUGCAGGUCCAGACAGCAUAUAAAUGUGCUUGUGUGCUUCGCGACACGAUUAACCCUUAUCUGCUGAGAAGGAUGAAGGCUGAUGUGAAAGCAAACCUUUCUUUACCUGACAAAAAUGAACAGGUCCUGUUCUGCAGAUUAACAGAAGAUCAGCGGCAGGUUUACCAGAGUUUUCUCGACUCCAAAGAGGUUUAUCAGAUUCUGAAUGGAGAUAUGCAGGUCUUCUCAGGCCUCAUAGCUCUGAGGAAGAUCUGCAACCACCCGGAUCUGUUCACCGGCGGGCCGCGUUUGCUGCGAGGAAUCCCUCACGAUCAGCUGACCGAGGAGGAGCACUUCGGUUACUGGAAACGCUCUGGAAAGAUGAUUGUGGUGGAGUCACUGCUGCGCCUGUGGCACAAACAGGGUCACCGAGUGUUGCUUUUCACCCAAUCCAGACAGAUGCUGGAGAUCUUGGAGGUGUUCGUGAAAGAGAAUGGCUUCUCCUAUCUCAAAAUGGACGGUACUACCACUAUUGCAUCCAGGCAGCCUCUUAUCGCUCAGUACAACCAGAACAAGGACAUCUUCGUCUUUAUUUUGACAACAAGAGUUGGAGGUUUGGGGGUCAAUCUGACUGGAGCAAAUAGGGUUGUGAUCUAUGAUCCGGACUGGAAUCCCAGUACAGACACACAGGCUCGUGAGCGUGCCUGGAGGAUUGGGCAGAAGCAGCAGGUGACGGUUUACAGGCUUCUGACAGCUGGAACCAUUGAGGAGAAAAUUUACCACAGACAAAUCUUCAAACAGUUUCUCACCAACCGAGUGCUAAAGGAUCCUAAGCAGAGGCGCUUUUUCAAGUCUAAUGACAUUUAUGAACUUUUCACACUGAGCAGUCCUGACGGCUCCCAGGGAACAGAAACCAGUGCAAUAUUUGCAGGCACAGGGUCAGAUGUGCAAGUUCCAAAACGACAUAAAACCUCGAGUCCAUCUCAGGGAACCACAAGACCAUCACUGUCUCAUUCCUCUGAAUCAGGAAACAGAAACACUACCUCAGUCAAUGGUCUCCCAAACAACAACACUUCUGGGUCACCAAACAACAAGCUUGAGCCCCGUUCCAAUGCAAACAGCCUUAUGAGCAGCACUAGUAAAGCUCAAUCUUCAAUGAACAGCCCUCAAAAACACAGAGAAAAGAAAAAACACUGUGAAACACCAGAAAAGGGCACAAUAUCUUCAGACGGACACAAGCGCAAGCAUAAAAAGCGCAAGCAUUCUGAUGAUGCCAGGUUUGAGGGCGCUCGGAUUUCUCACCUUGUAAAGAAACGGAGGUACAAGAAAGAGGAAGAUGAGGAGAAAGAGGAAGAUCGGAAAAAUGAGAAAAGGAGUGACGAUUAUGUGCUAGCCAAGCUCUUUAGAAAAUCCGGCAUACACAGCGUCAUGAAGCACGACACCAUCAUGGAGGCAUCGAACCCGGACUAUGUGCUGGUGGAAGCAGAGGCUAAUAGAGUUGCCAAGGAUGCCCUGAGAGCUCUGAAGGUCUCCAGACAAAGAUGCAGACUGCCUUACUCACGAGGGUCUGCAACAGCAACCCCGGCUCCAGUCAAAAAAAGGUUUGGCCAGAAGAAAAACUCACUUCUUUCUCAGUCUUCUGGGACAAUGACAAAAUCAGCAGAGAAAUGCAAGGAUGCAGAGAUUGUAAAGAAGUCCAUGGUAAAGAAGCCAGGAUCUGCCGCUCACUUCAGUGGUGAAGGAGCGGAGGAUGAAUCUGGAUCUCUCGCCUCAUCUUCUCUCCUCGCUCGAAUGAGGGCUAGAAACCACCUCAAUAAACCCCAGAGUCAAGAGGAUGAAGAAGAGGAAAAUAGUCAAUCUGCUGCCGUGAAUGCAGCUCCUACAGAACACGAUGAGCUUUUGGUGGACCUGAGGAACUUUGUGGCCUUCCAGGCUCAGGUGGACGGCCAGGCCAGCACCAAGGAGAUCCUGGAGUAUUUCACUCCCAGGCUCACUUCCACACAGACGCCAGUGUUCAGAGAACUGCUGAAUAAUAUCUGUGAGUUCCAUAGGCUUCCUGGGAAGGAAGGGAUGUGGAAGCUUAAAGCUGACUACAGGUAAACAGAGCAGAGCAUAUUAAAAGCUAUUAACCGAGACGCUCCAAUCAGAAUGUAUACCUCACCCUUGGGAAUGCAGGUGAUUUAAUGCAUCGGUUGUUUUUAGAUUGCAAAAAUGUUAAAUGCAGUUUAUUUCAAUAAACUUUCCAGAACUCCAGGUUGGCUGUGAAAGGUACAAAAAAAGGUUUGUACUGGCUCAAUUGUAGUAAAAUGUUCAUAUUGUAUGAAAGAAAUGCAUGUUGUCUUCAUUUUUUAUUUGCUGCUCUUUUGUUUGUUUUUGUACAAUUCCUGGAAAUUACUUGAACUUGUAAAUGUGUUAUUUGGGUACUUUUGAUGAGAGCAGAUAUAUUACAAUACUGUUAGAAUAAUAUUGUAAUACUGUUGUAUUUUUGGCAAUAAUGGAAAAUGUACAUUCAUAUAGGGAUUCCACCCUAUAAAGGUGCUUUGUGCCAGUUUUUUUGUUUACAUGAUAUUUGCUAUGGUUUUGAAUUUAAAAUCUGAAAUGAGAUUAUUUAAUGUCUUGAGAGUAUCUACCUCUACCUCAACUUCCACUUACUAUUUGUUCACUUAGAACAAAUGAGAUUUAAUGUAAUUGCGAUGUGUGAAGCAGCCAGCGAUGGUGUUUGGGGAAUACUGUGUACAUUUGAACAAUUAAACGGAUUCAUUAAAAGUUACACAAUAAACAUCCUCCUUUA